CCUCCCGGGAAGUGGGGCCGGGCCAAGCCCACGAGCGGAGGGGGCAGGCCCUCUCCCCUUCCCCGCGCCUGUGGGGACCCUACGCCUGUGUCCGGAGGAGGCCGGCGUCCAGCAGAUGCACGCGGUGUGGAGGGGGGAGCGGGGGAGAGGCGGGGAGGAGAAAACCCACAACAAAACUUGCGUCGCCGAGCUCACGGCUCGACUUGAAUGGAAGGAGCCCGCGCCCGCGGAGCGCAGCGGCGAAUCGGGACAGCGCGUACGGCCGGCAGGGCGCGGCGCGGCGCGGCGCGGGGGCGCAGCAGGCACCAUGGCCCGGAGCAGGGCACUGCUGUUCCUGUUGCUGUUGCCAUCACAGCUGCAGCUGGGACCGGUGAGCACGGUGAGGUCUCCGGGGUUUGGCCGAGGUGGUGCCCACAGCCUGAGCCCUGAAGAGAACGAAUUCAUGGAGGAGCCAGUGUUGGUCCUGAGCCCCGAGGAGCCAGGGCCUGGCCCUGCCACCAUCAACUGCCCCCGAGACUGUGCCUGCUCCCAAGAAGGUGUUGUGGACUGUGGUGGCAUUGACCUGCGUGAGUUCCCGGGGGACCUGCCUGAGCACACCAACCAUCUGUCUCUGCAGAACAACCAGUUGGAGAAGAUCUACCCCCAGGAGCUCUCCAGAUUGCAUCGACUGGAAACUCUGAACCUCCAGAACAACCGUCUGACUUCCCGAGGGCUCCCGGAGGAGGCGUUUGAGCAUCUGACCAACCUCAACUACCUGUACUUGGCCAAUAACAAGCUGACCUUGGCACCCCGGUUCCUGCCAAACACCCUGAUCAGCGUGGACUUCGCUGCCAACUAUCUCACCAAGAUUUACGGGCUCACUUUUGGCCAGAAGCCAAACUUGAGGUCCGUGUACCUGCACAACAACAAGCUGGCAGAUGCCGGGCUGCCAGACAACAUGUUCAACGGCUCCAGCAACGUCGAGAUCCUCAUUCUGUCCAGCAACUUCCUGCGCCACGUGCCCAAGCACCUGCCACCUGCCCUCUAUAAGCUGCACCUCAAGAACAACAAGCUGGAGAAGAUCCCACCAGGUGCCUUCAGUGAGCUGAGCAAUCUGCGUGAACUGUACCUGCAGAACAAUUACCUGACUGACGAGGGUCUGGACAAUGAAACCUUCUGGAAGCUGUCCAGCCUGGAGUACCUCGAUCUGUCCAGCAACAACCUGUCGCGGGUCCCGGCAGGGCUGCCGCGCAGCCUCGUGCUCCUGCACCUGGAGAAGAACGCCAUCCGGAGCGUGGACGCAGACGUGCUGACGCCCAUCCGCAGCCUCGAGUACCUGCUGCUGCACAGCAACCAGCUGCACGCGCGCGGCAUCCACCCGCGGGCCUUCCAGGGCCUUAAGCGGCUGCACACGGUGCACCUGUACAACAACGCUCUAGAGCGCGUGCCCAGCGGCCUGCCCCGGCGCGUGCGCACUCUCAUGAUCCUGCACAACCAGAUCACCGGCAUUGGCCGCGACGACUUCGCCACCACCUACUUCCUGGAAGAGCUCAACCUCAGCUACAACCGCAUCACCAGCCCACAGGUGCACCGAGAUGCCUUCCGCAAGCUGCGCCUGCUGCGCUCGCUGGACCUGUCCGGUAACCGGCUGCACACCUUGCCACCCGGGCUGCCGCGCAACGUGCAUGUGCUGAAGGUCAAACGCAAUGAACUGGCAGCCCUGGCGCGCGGAGCGCUGGCCGGCAUGGCCCAGCUGCGUGAGCUGUACCUCACCGGCAACCGGCUGCGCAGCCGCGCCCUGGGCCCCCGCUCCUGGGCCGACCUUACCCACCUCCAGCUGCUGGACAUCGCUGGGAAUCAGCUCACAGAGAUCCCUGAGGGGCUCCCUGAGUCACUCGAGUACCUGUACCUGCAGAACAACAAGAUUAGCACUGUGCCUGCCAAUGCCUUCGACUCCACGCCCAACCUCAAAGGCAUCUUUCUCAGGUUUAACAAGCUGGCCGUGGGCUCCGUGGUGGAAAGUGCCUUCCGGAGGCUGAAGCACCUGCAGGUCUUGGACAUAGAAGGCAACUUUGAGUUUGGUGACGUUUCCAAGGACCGGGGCCAGUUGGAGGAAGAGGAUGAGGAAGACGAGGAGGAUGAGGAUGAGGAGGAUGAGGAAAGGCGAUAGUGACGGGGUGAACCGGAUUUGACAUAGGUGAUUAGGCCUGAGUGAAGGAAGGAUGCUCCCAUGGUGGACCCCACAGCCCCCAGCCCUGCAGCGAGACGGGGAUCCUAGGAUCGGGGCCCUUCUUGGACUCCUCAGAUCAUGGCCGUGCGAGGAGGAUAGGAAGGAGUUCAGGAGCAGGGGCUGGGAGGCAAGUGCCCUCCUGGUUCUCUGAGUGACUUUGGGAAUCCCAUCCCCUCCCCCAGCUUCACACACACACACACUUCAUGGGCUCCUCUGUGCAAGACUCUGGAGCUAGAUGUUCUCCCCAAAGCACAUUCAGAACAGGCAGUGUGGCCACGGCUCUUCUGUGUCCCCUGGAGCCUCCUGGAGGCACCCUGGGGCUGAGGACAAUGAGGGAGAGAGUCUGGAAAUGUCCUUGGGCACAUCCCCUCCUUAAACAAAGCAAAGGCCCCCCGAUUUACACUUUGCCUCCUGCAUAUGACGGGUCAGACAGGCCUGUCCUCAUUCCAACCUCCAGGGACAGGCUCAUUUGCACUCUGGCUGCCCAGGCAGGUCUGUCCAUACACUGACAGGCCAGCUAGACCUGUCUACACUCCAGCUACAUGGACAAGCCUGUACAUUCUGGCCACCUGGGCAGGUCUGUUCAAACGCUGGCUGCCCUGUCAGGCCAGUCUGACAGCCUGUAUGAGCCCAAUAAAGAAAUGCUGGCUGGGGGGCCUGGGUGGCUCAAUCAGUUGAGCAUCAUCAGACUCUUGAUUUCGGCUCAGGUUAUGAUCUCACGGUUUGUGAGUUCGAGCCCUGUGUCGGGCUGAUGGCAUAGAGCCUGCCUGGGAUUCUUUCUCUCUCUCUUUCUGUCUCUCUCUCUCUCUCUCUCUCUCUCUCUCUCUUUCUGCCUGCCCCUCCCCUGCUCGCAUUUCUUCCCUCCCCCCAAUCUCAAAAAUAAGUCAACAUUAAAAAAAAAAAUGCUGGCCAGGGUAUGGUCACCAAGCCCACAAGACUGAAAAACAAAACACCUUUAUUUAGUUAUCACUGAAUUUGCAAACACAGAAAGGAGUAGAAAAUCUAACACCACUUCAUCACAUAGGCUCAUGGAGAGUGCUGACCCCAAGGCUCCAUGGGCAGCUUGACUAAAGCAUCCCAGGCAAGCCUGCCUCCCCAGUCCUGGCUGGCCCACCUGUCCUGUGGGAGACUGGCCCAGAUGUUUCCAAGGGCCCCUGCAGCUCUUCUGAGGCCAUGCUGUCUCCACAUGGGCUGAGCUUUGUGAGAGACGACUGGUGAGACUGAUGGGAGACGGGACAGGCUGUGGCACGUGGCAGGCAGCGGGCCUUGGCCUAGGGCUGGGCCGUCCUCAGGGAGGGCUGUUUGUCUGAGGCCACGUGUUAUGGGGCAGGGAGGGUGACUGGCCUGGGCAGGGACUCAGCUGGGGCAGAACCAGAACAUCGCUGUGUCUUCAUAAACUGAAGGCAGUGGUGGCUGCUGAGCUCCUGCAGAGGGGCAGAGACCCUUGGCAUCUGGCCCUGCAGGCCCCUGUCCUCCAGGAGAGAGUGGCCAGGGCCUGGAAGACUUGAGUUAGAGUCCUGGCCCUGACGUUACCUGCCCUGAGACCUGGGGCAAGUGUUUUCAGCUCAUGGGGUCUCAACUCUGCGAUCCAGAAAGUGGGACCAUAUAGUCCCUGCUGCCACCCUCAUAGGUUAACACAGUGGAAAUGUCAUAGCUGGGGCCUUGGCUGUGCCAGGUCAUAAUUCUCCAGCUGGGGCUCCCACAUGCAGUCUUUCCCUUUCUGAGACUCUAUUGUCUGGCCUGUGGGGCGAAUCCUGGCCUCUCAAGGGUGGGAGGAGUGUGUGAGCCUGGCUCCUGUCGAGUGCUCGGAAAAGUAGUGAGUUGAGAUCCUGCCCUUGGCCCCUAGACCUGGAGGCCUCCCCUGGCCCCUGCAGCUCUGCAGGCUACACAUUGGUCUCAAGCUCACUGAUCUCAAUGGUGCAGUGGUCCAGAGAGGUGGCAGCUGGUUCCUCGUCCUGCUCCACCUGGACAGGGAUGUGGUGGGGACAGGCAGGGCCCAGGGUCAGCUCUGAGGCCUCUGCCACGCUCUUCACACAGCCAUUCUGCUGGGUUGCCACGAUCUCCUGGAGGCUCACUGGCUUGGUCUCACAGGGCGGCAGUUUCUGGGGAGGGGAAACAGGCCUUGGUAGCAGCAGGAGGGAGUGAGGUUAGACACCAGGGAAGACUGAAAGAGCAAACCACGUGAUUGGUUUUCCUACAGAUGUGCUGUGGGACCUUGAUAUGUCACACGCGGCCUCUCUGGGCUCCAGUUCCAAUCUGUCCUGUUUCCUUUUGAGGUUGUCUUAGUGGAGAAGUCCAGUGAGGGAACUGGUGGGUCCCCUGCCUGUCCACCCCAAUGGGAGUGGGACAGCCUAUUACACAUAGUUAUUGCCACGAAGCCCUGUGCAGACAUACAAAUGUUUGCAUUGUUGUCGGCAGGAUAGAGCGCACCCCCACACUAGGGUACAGGCUCCCUGAGGACAGGGUUUAUCUUUCUUUGUUUGCCACUGCUCCUCCCACGAUGACGAGUGCUCAACAGCUAGCUGCGAGAGGAAUCGGUCACCCUGUGUCCAGAUGAGGAGGCAGGGAGGGAUUGGCAGAAGGCUGCCCAGCUGGUGAGAAGACCUGCACCCCCAUCCCAGCUCCACCCUCCCAACGGCCAGGCUGGGAGGAGGCACUGCUCUCACCUCCACGCCUGUGUCCUGAGUAAAGUCCUUCCGGCAGAUGUGGGCCAUGAUCCCUGCCGCCAGCGCGUCACCCAGCACGUUAAUCAUGGUGCGGAAACGGUCCCUGGUGAGCCAAGGUGGGCAGUGAGUGGUGGGCACUAUUAUUGGUAAGAGGAGCUGGCAGCAGGCAGGGCCCAGCCCAGCAGCACCUGCAGCCAGCAGCCAGGUUGGAGCCUGUGGCAAAGUGCCUUUCCGGUCCUCUCAAGCCUACUGCCCCUCCUCAGGCAAGGCCAAAGCAAGUUUGUGCACGGCUGGAUUCAGGAGCAUGUGGACUGUGCCCAUGCUCAAAAGGGCCUGGGCUUGGUCUGAUGCUCUGCUCUCACCCCCUUGAAAUUCUUUAUAUUUUUGAACAAGGGUAGGCACAUUUUCAUUUUUAAAAACUGGGCCCCGCAAAGGCUGGUGUCAGUGAGCAGGGCACCCCCACUGUGCCAAACCAUGGCAGUUCCCCCGGCCCACCCUCAAUGCCUGCUGCCUGGGGGAUGAGGCAGGUAGGUGGCAAACCCACUCACAGAGCCCAGUCGACAGCGAUGAUGAGGGUGAUGUCGUCAGUGGGAAGUCCCACGGAGGUGAGUACGAUGACCAUGGUGACGAGCCCAGCCUGGGGGAUGCCAGCUGCCCCGAUGCUGGCCGCUGUGGCCGUGAUGCUGCAGGAGGGGCAGGGAGAGGAAGAGGAGGAGCAGGAGGGGCAGGCCUCGCUGUUGGAGCCCUGGCUCCAAGAAGGAGUCCAGAAUGCCAGGGCCUCUGGGGACAGCCAUACGGGGCAGGGGUUGUUAGGAAUGCCACAUCAGGAAAUUCUCAGGGUGGGGGGCACGUCCCUGCUCAAGGUCCUGUGACUCCAUGGGCCUCCAUCUCUGGUCCCAGUGGAACCUCCUGAGGAGUUUGUAGAAGAGCAUGUGCCUGGGGCUACUGCCUCUGUCAGGUUCCAAAAAGCUGACCAGAAAUUCAGGUCGUCCACCUGCAUGGCUCUGCCCAGCCUCCCUCUGGGCCUGGUUCCUGGGGCCAGACUUGUGCCCUCAGGCUGGCACACAAGGCCUUCCCCACGGCCUCUGACCCUCACCUCAGCACCCUUCCUUCACCUCCAGCCACACUAGCAGUCACCCCCCCCCCCCCCCCCCGUCCCCUCAUCCCACCCCUGGUCUCUGCUCACCCUCUGCCUGCCUUUAGCCCCCUCCCUGCCCUGCAUGCCCAGACUGCAGGCCCUCCUCUGGACCUUAGUUCCCAUCCUGCUCGGAGCUCCCCCUCUGCAGGGUGACACUGGGGAAGGAGCCCUGAGUCAUAGAAGCCAGGCCACAUCCCAGCACUAACAUUCUGUGUGGCUAGGAACAAACCCCUUGCCUCCUCUGCACUUCAGAGACCCCAUCAGAUCUGAGAGCUCAAGAAUCCCGAAGGUCCUUCUGGUGCCCUCCUCUUCCCCGGCCAAUCCACCCUGGGUAUGGGGUGUCAGGUGUGUACCUGAUGGUGAUGAUCUGGCCGAAGUCCAGCUCAUAGUUGUUGACCUGGGCAAUGAAGAUGGCGGCCACAGCCUCAUAGAGUGCUGUCCCGUCCAUGUUGAUGGUGGCGCCCACGGGCAGCACAAAGCGGGCAAUCCGCCGGUCAAUGUGGUUGUUUUCCAGCAGGCACUUGAAGGUGAUGGGCAGUGUGGCUGAGCUGUGGGCAGAGGGGCCAGUGCGUGCCUACCACUGUCUCCCAGGCUACUCCGGGGCUCUGGGCUGCCUGCGUGCCAGGGAUGGGAAGCUCGCCCCCACCCCAGGCAGCCCACCCAUCACGGGGGAGGACAGGCUGAAGGAGCUUUGAAAAUGGUCUCAAAUGGCAUUCUUGGCAAGUGUGUGAUCAGUGGCCCGGCCAGACCCGCCCAAGCCUAGGCCCCGGAGACCCCCCACCAGCUGCACAGGUCAGGAAAGGAGCCACCAUCAGCAGAGCACCUACUACGCGCCAGGCAUUGUGCUUUACACACGCUCUUAUCUGACCCUCACAGCUUCCUGUGAGGGAGGGGUUUUGAGUCCAUUUUACAGAUGAAGAAACUGAAGCCCGGAGGGGAGGAGGGGCUGACCCAAAGUCAUACCACUGUGCCAAGCAUAAAGUGGCUAACAGUAGGGCUCUGGGGCCGGCCUUGCUGGAUUUAGAUUCCAGCCUCCUACUAGCCAAGUGGCUCUGGCGGGUUCCUUAACCUGUGUGUGCCUUAGUUUCCUUAUCCCAAACAAUACCUAGAUUACAGAGCUAUUAGGGUGACUCAACAAGAAAGUGCUUAGAGCAGUAUCUGGCACAUUACAGGCAGUCAGUGGUAGCCACUACUGUCAUUGUUACUGUCUCUGUUACUAGAGCUCCUGGUGGCCGUGCUGAGACUAAAACUCAGGUUGGUUUGGCCACAGUGCCCUUCCUUUCCCACAGGCCACUGCCUGGGGAGCCCACGUCCAUUUUCCAGAGCCUGCGAUGAUCUCCCCAGAUGUGCUGGGCCCGCGGCUGUGGUUUCUGCCAAGCAGGAGAUGGCCAAGGGCUGCUGGCUCCAGCAGGGCUUGGCCUGUGGUAUGGGAGCUGGCAGCCAUUGGGACUUUGCCUUUCCUUUCCACCUCCUGGCUCUGCCCUGCGUGGAGGUUCCUGGACGAGGCUUCUGGGGCUUUUCCUCACUGGGGCCCUGAUCCUCCUAAGUUCUGUGUGAGGCACUUCUGCUGCUAAGGGUGGGGGCCCUCACUCCCAUUUGACAGAUUGGGAAGCUGAGGCCCAGAGAAGAGAAAGCAGUAAAGGCUGGAAGGAAGAACGAGGCUCUGAAGAGACAUGGGCCUGAGCUCAGGCGAGUCCUCCACGUGGAGCUUGGACAUAUGCUGUGGGGAGAACCACCCUUUCUUCACAGAGUAUGUAGAGCACUUUCUCCUCCUUGGUAGACAGACGGGUGGGUUUGCAUGCCUCCAACUCUGCUUCUGCACUCAACUGUGGGCCGGGAUCCUUGAGAGCAGAUGCCACCUCAUAGGCUAGCCUUCGUGCCCCUUGUGAGUUAUCUCCACUAAUUCCCAUGCAACCCUUAGAGGCAGAGACCACCCUGAUCCCCAAACUGCAUAUGAGGAAAUUGGUGCCCAGGGAGGUUAAGUGACUUGCCCACAGCCACACAGCCAAUGGGCAAUGGAACCAUGAUUCAAAUCCCCACUGGUGAGUUACACUGACGAGACUGGGACAGGGCAUCCAGCCAGGAUGUCCCUGCAGCCGUGGACAGGCCAAGACCCUAAACAACACAGGGUCUGACUCCAACGGAGCACCGUAUGGCAGCAAAAGGCAACAGCCAUUGCAGAUUCAUCCCCCAUCAGCUGUCCCGACCCCAAGAUAUGUGGAAGCCACCGCCAUGUGGACUGAGUGCACCUUAGGGAUGCAGGCAGCUGGGGAGGGGAAGGCCUUAAGAGGCAAUAAGGGCUUUCUGCCAUUCAGGCCAGUGGGGCCUCAAGCAAUACAUUUCAAAAAUUGGUCUCAUUUACCACUGUCCGUAGCUACCCCCAAGUUUGUAAAGUGGGCCAUACUGAACUUUCCAUGGUUCUAUGGCUAUGGACAAGUGAUGGCUGGACAGAUGAACGGAGUUCAGCUGCCAGCAUCACUCCACCUUGCCCGUCACCCAGGGCUACCUGGAGGAGGUGGCCAGUGCAAUGAGCAAGGCCUGGAGGACGCCUCGGAUAAAGACAAUGGGGUUCUUUUUGGUGAUGAAGAAGUAGAGCAGGGGCAGGAUGAAGAGGCCAUGGACCACCAGUCCACACACCACGGUGACCGCGUAGAAACCCAGCUUCUUUCUGACUGCUGUGGGGUCAUCCAUCUCCAGGAUCUUGCCGGCGAUGAGGAACACAAUGCCAAAGGGGAAGUACCUGGGGGCAGGCGGCCAGUUCAGUGCCAGGCAGGCGAGGGUCCCGGGCAGUCCUGGCACGGCAUCACUGCCCCCUGGCCUCCCGGGGAUCCUGUGAGGACUGAAUGGGAGUCUGUACCAACGUGCCCAGUACAUGUGGCCUCAUUAAAACCACGACGCUCAACCAGUCCAACCCGUACAACCUCUGGCCUCCCUCCUUACCUUCCCGUCUAGGUCUCUGAGGAGGGCCCCCGCCCUCAGCAGGCCCUCAUUUCAGCCCAGCGGUGCCACAAACUUCAUGCGUGACCCGGGGUGGGCCUCUGCGUUUCCCCAUCCAAACUGUACAAGGUCAGACUAGAAGAUUCCCAAGGCCUGAGCUCUGAACCAAGGAGUGGCAGCUGGUUCUCACUUCCAGUGUUUCCCUUCUCCAAAAGCUAAGCUGAUGAGACUCCAUGGGAUGGGGAAACUGGGCCAGGAGAGCAAGGCCACGCUUAGCUUGUAACUGUCCUCCAGUGGGCCUGAUCGGGCCAGAAAUGGCAGGCCCGAGGCUGGAACUAGACCUGGUCAGGGCUGGGCCGGGGGAUGCAGGGCAGAAUUUGGCCAGGGCUGAGCCGCCAGGGCAGGAAAGCAGUGGAAGGGGCCGUGGUAUCCCUCCAUCUUCCCAGGGCAGGGCUGAAAGGGGGUGGGGUGAAGGUGGAAGAGGACACUUCUGCCCCCAGUGAAGCUUACCACACAGCCACCGCCACAAUCUUCAUGACGGACUCAUUGAGGCACUGGCAGAAGCUGACUAGAGGGGUCCCAUUGUCCCCCAUGCGGCCCAGCAUGAUGCCUGCAGGGGCAGAGACACACAAGCAUGUCACAGAGGCCGCACACCGAGGCACAGGCACGCACCACAGUGGCAUAUGUGCCAGCACACGCUGGCGGCCCAGCAGGGACAGACAUGCGCGCACAUGUGGCCCUCGGGCCUUGGUUGAAUUCCCAGCAGCCUUGGAUCAAGCACAGUGCUUCCCUGCACCCUCUCCUCUCCUUCUCCUGGGCCUCUACUGCUGGACCAGGGCUCUCAUCUCAUCCUCCUCUCUAAUCCAUAAAAAUGUUCCCUGCCAACCCCCCACGCACUGACUUCCUGAACACUCCCACCAUAACCAAGAUCCCCCCUGCUUCAGGCCCCGAUUGAUCUGACCCCUGUCAACACCUCCCACCUCCAUCUGGCCCUGCUUUUCACCUCCUCACUAUGCUCUGGCAUCACUGGCUUCCUUUACGUUUCUAGAAUACGUCAAGCUUUUCACUGCCUCAGGGCCCUCGCCCAUGUAGGUCCUGGUGCCUGAAACCCUGGCCGCCCAGCUCCCCACAUGGCCUGGAGGCCCGUCCUCCUCUCCCCUUGGCAAACUCUCCAUUUAUUCUUCUCUGUAUCAUGUCUUUCUGAUCCCUUUAUAUCACUUAUUACAACUUAUAAGUGUUAUUUUCCGGUUGUCUGUUAUUAUUAUUAUUUUUUUCUGUCUCCUCCAAUAGAAGGUUAGCUCCAUGAGGGAAAGAACUGUAUCUCCUUAGCUGGCACAUUGUAGGUGCUCAACAAUAAUCACUGAAUGAACGAACGAACAAAUGAAUGAAUAAUAAAGGCUUUCCCGGA